CAGAUCUUUGUACAGGUAAAGUUCAGCACUAAAGACACAAUUUGGCUUAGUCACUGUUGCAGGGCUAAAGUAGAUGAGGACAGAAAUAAAGAAAGGAUUAAAUGUGAGAGGGGGAAAAGCAGAAAGAAACAGUUUGUUCCUACAAGCAAGCGAGCGACAGCAUCGUGAAUGGACAGGAGAAAGAAAGAAAAGGAGGAGAGAAGGGCGAAGGAAAGAAGGAAGGCCUCACCUCCUGAUGACUCGAUGACCUCCAUGCGAACCUCCACCCGUGGCCUGCCCUCCAUGGCCUCCAUCAGCGGCAGUGCCUCCGACACCCGCUUUCAUUUUAAGUGGAGGGCCAUCACAAUGGUGACCAUGCUAGCCCUGGGCCUCCUGCUCUACCUGCACCAAACAGUAGGGGGUGCCACAGAAGACACACAACAAUUUAACCAGCAGAACAGCAUCGGUGGCAAUGUGCGGUCACGGCGUCUGAACCGGCAUGCUGAUGAGUGGUCCAAGCUGCGCUACAAUGCUACAUAUCCUCUGACUCCUCCAGAGCGCACAGAAAACGGAAUCCGCUACCGUAUUGCGGUAAUCGCAGACUUGGACACAGACUCACACAAAAAAAAUAAAAACACCUGGUUCAGUUACAUGCGCAGAGGACACCUGCUGGUGUCGGACAGCGGGAACGAUGUGGCGGUGGAGUGGGACACAGACACAGUGGUGCUGGAGAGCCACCUGUCUGAGAAAGGACGAGGUAUGGAGCUCUCUGACCUUGUGGCCUUUAAUGGGCGGCUGUACAGCGUGGAUGACCGCACAGGUGUGGUGUAUCACAUCAACGGAGACAAGGCUGUGCCGUGGGUUAUCCUGACUGAUGGAGAUGGCUCUGUUCCCAAAGGCUUUAAGGCAGAAUGGAUGGCAGUGAAGGACGAGCACCUGUACAUUGGUGGGUUGGGUAAGGAGUGGACGACCACCACGGGCGAGUUUGUCAACCAUGACCCUGAGUGGAUAAAAGUCAUCGGGUUCAGAGGAGACGUGCGACAUGAAAACUGGGUGCCUCAUUACGGUGCCCUGAAGAACGCAGUAGGCAUCAACCCACCAGGUUAUAUGAUCCACGAGUCUGCAGUCUGGAGUGAGCACCUGCAGCGCUGGUUCUUCCUUCCCCGCCGGGCCAGCUCAGAGCGUUACGACGAGACGGCAGAUGAACGUCGUGCCACCAACCUGGUGCUCAGCUGCCCGACGGAUUUCAGCGAGAUCUCAGUGUCCCGCGUCGGGCCGCUGCUGCCCACCCACGGCUUCUCCUCCUUUAGGUUUGUCCCCAACACUGAUGAUGAGAUUGUUCUGGCCCUGAAGUCUGAAGAGGAUGCAGGGACCAUCGCCACCUACAUCACUGCCUUUACAAUGGACGGCCGCAUUCUGCUGCCCGAGACCAAGAUCGGGGAUGUGAAAUACGAGGGAGUGGAGUUUAUCUAGACACGGUGGGCUCAAAGUCUGGUCCCUGCUAAGCUCAGCAGGAGAGUGGACUGGCCACAGCACAGGGUCACUUGGUGCUAGACUCACUAAACUCACUUGACGUUGCCGAUAGAUAUGUUGUCAGAGAUUAAGGGGGUUAUUUUAAAAACAGAAUUUUUCAUUUUUAGAUGGAUAACCUGAGCCAAAGCAGAGCUGGUUAAUAAAAUGUUUAAUGUUUAAUGAAAUCAUAACCAGAAGAAAAAUCCCAAAUCUGGAUAAAAUUUAAAUAAGUUAAUGAUAGUAAUAUGCCGAAAUUCAGUCCAGAUAUUUGAUGCUAUUCAGUUUUGCAGUUACAGGUUUUUUUACAGGUUCCUUAUCUUUGUUUCUAAUCUGAAUGUCAUGUCAUAUCUUUUAAAUGUCAUAUCUUUUAUAUUUUGUUUUACAAGAACAUAUCAAAUUAACUAUUUACUAUAAUGCAAAACUAAACAAAAAAUUUAAGCAGCAUUAUGUAAUAAUUGCUAUUUUUUGCCCAUGUGCUCCCCCUACAGUUGGGGAGUGUAAUACACUUUUACAUGAUUGUGGUAAAUACCAACUGUGCUUUGAGCUCCUUCUUCUGGAUAGUUAUAAAAAUGUAUUUGACCAGGACCUGAAGUGAAAGAAGCCUAUUGAAAAAUCCUGUUUAAUGAAAUUCCUCUUAGCAUCUCUUUUUGAGAUGUUUGUGUGAAGCCAUCAGCAGCCGUGUCAGAGACGACAUCACACCCCCCCCCGUGUGUGCCCACAGUUUGUCUAGGAGUCGCACCAGAGUGAUCACCUGACACCUGGGAGAGACAAGGUCGUAUGAAAGAGAACCAGCAGGAAGUCCAUCAAAAAAGUCAGGUUACACGCACACAUACUCUCUGUGCUGUGAAGUCCAGCUAUGAGCCGAUGUCCUCCUGCAUGGGGCAUAAUCAAGGUGGAAAACUGUGCUGCUAAAGACUCAGGGGUUUUCAAGGAAAACGCACAACAUGGUUUAACCCUAACCGAACAGAGUAACCUAAAGAAAUAAGUAACAAGAGAUUUAAAUGUGUUUAUUUAAUUCAGAUAUUUUAAUAUUUUAAAUUCCUCAACUCUACAGGGAGUGAUUUAUUCCUGUUUUAAUUCUCCGUUUUAGAGAAUUGUGUGACUGAAAUGCACAUCUGUUCUGAAUGUGACUCGUUUUGAGUUGUGACCAUCAGGGAUCAGAAUUAGGGAUGCACCAAAUAUUCUGCAAUCAAAAUGAGGUGCACUUUCAGUGUUUGUGAAAAGACCAAGUAAUUUAUAUCGAACAAUUACUUUUAUUUUUUUCAGUCAUUUUGUGCAUUGUUGGUAUGUCGUUUAUUAUGCAAUGGUGGAAAAAAGUGGCAAAAUGAAUGAACAUCUGAACAAAAAUAAUUUUGGUGCAUCCCUGAUUAAAAUAUUUAAUACUCUUGGUCUUGGCCAAUAAACAAUUAAAAUGAAGGUGCUUGUUGGUCAGAAAAAA